GUUUCUGGAUUUGCAGUGUAAACACUGGACUAGCAAGCAACUCUUUAUUCGCGGUCGGUCUCUACACCCCUUUCAUUUCGCUUCACCUGGAAAGUAGAAGCACCAAAAGCAAAACCAUGGAUCCUGAAACGGCGCUGGAGUUUGUGAAGCAUGGAGCCGCACUUCUUCUCCUCGACGUUCCUCAGUACACCCUCCUUGGAAUUGACACUCAGAUGUUCACUGUUGGUCCUGCUUUUAAGGGCAUUAAGAUGAUUCCUCCUGGUCCGCAUUUUGUGUACUAUAGUUCAUCCAGCAGGAGUGGCAAGGAGUUCUCACCAAUUACUGGCUUCUUUAUUCAUGCUGGCCCCUCUGAGGUGAUUGUCCGUCAGUGGGAUCAACAGGAGGAACGACUUGUAAAAGUAUCAGAGGAAGAGGAAGAGAGAUUUUCUCAAGCAGUUAAAAGCUUAGAGUUUGACAGACAUCUCGGUCCUUAUAAUCUAAGUCAGUAUGGAGAAUGGAAGCGCUUGUCUAAUUACCUUACGAAGAAUGUCAUUGAUCGAAUUGAACCCAUUGGAGGAGAAAUUACAGUUGCAACUGAAUCUGUGAUGGUUAAAAACAGCCCUAAAACAGCAAUGGAAAAAGCUUUAGAGGAGCAAUUGAGGACCAGCAAGUUCUCUGCUUCAGCAUCUGUUGACAAGUCAAGGAAGAGAGGAUGUUACUACACUAAAAUUCCUCAUGUUAUUAAAUGCAAAGGAAUGAAUGGGGAAGAACUUACAUCCUUGAAUCUUGACAAGACAGAAUUAUUGGAAAGCAUUUUGAUGAAAGAUUAUGGGGGUUCCGAAGACUUGCUUAUUGGAGAGCUGCAAUUUGCCUACAUCGCAUUCUUGAUGGGGCAAUCACUUGAGGCAUUUUUACAGUGGAAAGCUUUGGUUAGCCUCAUAUUGGGUUGUACUGAAGCUCCAUUCCAUACAAGGAGUCAGCUAUUUAUUAAGUUCAUCAAGGUCAUGUACUACCAACUGAAAUAUGGACUUCAGAAAGAUAGAGAAGAAACAAAUGGUGCAGCGGUGGGAGUAUCAACAUUGUUGGAUGAGUCUUGGUUUUCUGCUGAUAGCUUUUUGCAUCGAUUAUGUAAGGAUUUCAUUUUGUUGGUACAAGAUGCCUCGGUGGUUGAUGGAGAUCUCUUGACGUGGACCAGGAAUCUCAAAGAACUGCUUGAAACUAGUCUGGGAUGGGAGUUCCAGCAGAACAGCGCAGUGGAUGGAAUAUACUUUGAAGACGAUGACGAGUAUGCUCCCGUAGUUGAGAUGAUGGAUGACACCAGCUAUAAUUAAAAGCUUAGACCAGAAAAAUUGACCGCUCCCUUUAACUGCGUUUUAGCAAAUAUCAGUGCUGAAAGAUGAGUUGCAUGUGGGGCUCGUGGUAGGAGGACGGUUCAGAUUUUCCAUGCAAACCAUUUGCUUGAUCAAAACUUGGCGGACUUUAGUGCUGUAUAUAUAUAAAGAAAACAUAUUUUGAUUCGAGAAUGAAUAUGUUGUAUGUAUAAAUAGCUAUAUGGUCGAAUAAUUUUCAGAUAUUAUUGGCUGUGCCUUCCCAAGAAAUUCAUAAAGCCUGUUCUCUUUUGGUAGUUUA